AUGCCCAUCCAAAUCGCCGUCGCGACCAACUCACUCGGCAAGUCGGCCGCGGGCCACUCAAUCCUCCGAAAGCUCGAGGCCGCCAGCCAUCACGGCUUCGAGGGUGUCGAGGUCGCCAUGGAAUGUUUGGAAGCACAUGCCUCUUCUGCGUUUGGAUCGCUGCCGACACGGCCUGCCCGGCUACGCGCCGCCGCCGCCGAUGUCCGCAAGAAGGCCGACACGCUCGGCCUUCAGCUCGUGGUGCUGCAGCCGUUUGGGGCCUACGACGGGCUAAAGGAUGCCGCCAUGGUAGAAGAGCGCCUCGUCGAGGCGGAGCUGUGGUUUGACCUCUGUGCCAUUCUGCGCGUCAGCAUCUUUCAAAUCACAUCGGCGCUCUACCCUCUUGAUCCUGCUUCCCUCUCACCGAAUGUCGACUCGCUGGCCAGCAACAUGCGCCGCUUGGGACUGCUGGCACAGAAGCGCGGCUUACGCGUGGGCUACGAGGCACCUGCCUGGGGCAUCCACCUUGACACAUGGCAGCAGAUUGACGAGGUGCUUCGGAAGGUUGACUUGGAGAAUGUCCAGCACUGCCUCGACACAUUUCACAUUGCUGCCCGCGUCGCCGGCGAUCCUCUCAAUAAACAGCAUCCAGUACGGCCGGGCGGGAUGGCCGCGCUGCAGCAGAGUCUCAAGGAGAUGAAAAACACGCUGCUGCCGCAGCAUAUUGCCUACUUACAGCUCAGCGACGCCAAUGCGGCGGACGCCGACCAGCCAGGGUAUCCCCGCCGCGACCCCGCCCAGCCGGCCUACAUGACGCAGUCGCGCAACCGCCGCGUCUAUCCCGGAGAGGGUACGCUGCCCGUGUUCGAAGUGGCCAAGGCGGUGUUUGAUCUGGGGUACAGCGGCUGGGUGUCCAUGGAGGUGUUUCACACGGACCACUGGGAUGCGCGGCCCUCGGUGCCGGACGAGUGGGCGCGGCGGGGCAUGGCCUCGUGGCGCAGGGUGCGGGAGUAUUGCGGGCUGAACAAGACGGGAGGGAAUAAAGGUUCAAAAGGUUCACGGCUAUGA